GAUCCAGCAAUUCAAUAUUUGCUCUCACCACGGAAACGACGCUCUUCCCUCAGACGGCCAGGACACCCCCAACCCAGGAAAUGCGUCCGAGGACGCCUUUUCCCUGAUUCCCCUCCCUUUCAAUUCAUCGCAUUGCUCAUGAUGCUUGUCCCCGUUGCCUCUUUCGCUUGAGAAUAGCCUCCGUACCUAGCUGCAUGAAAGCUUUUGUCGAAAAGUCACCGUGAUAGCCUCUCCCUCUCGAAAAUCACCGACCGACCCAUGCAGCUCGCAUCGCAUUGCAUUGCAUAGCGACCCAAUCUGAAGCUCCCCUUUUCUUUACUGUUCAGUGAACAAAAAGGCAUCUCAUCUACCUCGAGAAAGAGACAGGCAUGGCCGACGCAGCGAAGCCCAAGAGGCGCCUCCCUUUCAAACCCACCGCGCUGCGCCAAAAGUCGGACCCAAAACCUGCGCUCAAGGAUAAUGGCGACGAAGACGACGACGACGAUGGCCUCAACCUGUUCAAGCGCUCCGCCGAGUUCUUUCCCGUCGCUGUGGCAGAGCAGGAGCGGCGCAUGAAGCGGAAGCAGGCCGAGCGAGAGAAGGGCUCACAAGCGCGGUCACCGGACGUCGAGACGAAGCCUGCGCCUAGGGCCAGCGAGGAACCUGGAAGGAGAGACGAGGAUUCUAGAGAACUGGGGACGCCGCCCUCGAAACGAUCGCGAACGAGCGACGAGUCCCCCCAGUCGAGGGUCAAGUUGUCCCCGACCAAGCGCCGCGACGGCACCGAAACGCCCUCGAAGCGCAUGACCCGGGCCGCCGCGUCGCGGACGCCGCGGAAGCAGGAGGUGAUACCCACGAAACCCGUCAUCUCGAUCGACGACAGCGACGACGAUCCCGAUGAGGAAGAUGGGGGUCGGCCGGAAGAUGACGAUGACGACGAUAUCUACGAGGCCUCGCCAAUACGCAAAUUCAACCGUCGGCGACAAACCUCAGAGCCCGCGAACUCGCCCCCCCUGGUCAUUGACAUAGACAGCCCAUCCGCCGAGGGAGGACAUAGCGAAGACGACCCCGCGCCCCCCCAAGAGGAAGACGACGACGAGUUCAAGGAAUACGUCCAGCGCGCGAUGGAACGCAAAAAGGCGCUCGAGCAGGAGGCCAACCAGACCGUCAACGUUCUCGUCACGUCCGACAUCCCGGGCACCAAGGAGAGGCAGUUUCGCUUCACUCUCGUCAAGCCCCUCAAGAUUCUCCGCAACGCUUGGAUCGACGUCCAGGAGGGCCGCCUGGGAAUUCCGCGCGCCGACCUCGAGAGCGUCUUCCUCACGUGGCGCGGGCACGAGUUGUAUGACUUGACAACGCUGCACAGUCUCGACCUCGCCGGCACGUUCCGCAGGAGCGGUGGCGGCAGCGAUGCCGAUGCGGGCGAGGGGUUCCGGAACGACUGGACAAACGUGCAUAUGCAGAUGUGGACACGCGAGUUAUGGGAGGAGCACGAACGGCAAGAGGCCCGGAGGCGGCGCCACGACAUUGGGGAAUACUCGGACGACGAAGGGCCUGGUAACGGCGGCGACGAACGGGGGGGCGUACCGCCCGCCGUCGAGCAGGAGGCCGAGAAGAAGAUCAAGGUGCUUCUCAAGACCAAGACAGACGAGCCGCUCAAGACGUCGGUGCGGCCGUCGACGACCGUCGGGACCAUCAUGGCGCUGUUCCGCAAGAUGCGCGGGCUAGCGGCCGACGCGCCCAUCUCGCUCAUGUUUGACGGCGAUGAGCUCGAGGAAGACAUGACGGUCGAGGAUGCUGACAUUGGCGACAUGGAGACGAUUGAGGUCUACAUAAGAUGAGGCCGCUUUCCAUCCCUCCCCUACCCCGCUAAAUCCAAAGUGAUAGCUUGCUUUGCCGUGAGCAAAUUUUUGGAUUGCGGACGCAGCUACGAUCUGAGGUACCGAGAACGAGGGACUGGGAGUUGGGAUCCAGAGUUGGGAUUUAUUAGAGAUACCCCGGGAGUUCCGAAUCAUGUUUUCUUCAAUUGUGGGCGAGCUACCUACCGCGAACGAUCAUAGCGGUAGGUAGCGUUGGAACAACAACAAAAAAAAGCCUAAAAAUAAGUCUUGGGCCUUCACGCAGUGAGCUUUAUUUCAUACCACAAGUCACAUCCAACAACCCCCCCUUUCCGGCCAGCCCGCGAGGAUCAGAAAUCGGCUUGAUAUUAUCAGUUAUAACGUUAUGCCAAUUUGUUUGGUAAUAUCUUGUCAAGUUGUCCUCGAGUGUCUGAUCAAGAAGUAACUCCUUGAUCGUAUUUACCCUAACACCCCACCCCACUCCCCAUAUCACAAACCUCAAAUCCC